UUGUGCCAGAUCCCUCAACCAUGCGUGAAACCCACGAGUUUACAAAAUGAAGAAAGAGAAGAGAGAGGAGAGAGAGAGAGAGAGAGGAACACGAUCUUGGGUUGGGUUGCUCUGAAGUCGAGCGACCAACUUGAGUGUUCACCGAUGACGACGAUGACUACCGACUGGGUGUUCACCGAUGACGACGAUGACCACCGACUGGGUGUUCACCGACGACCGCCACUGACCACCGACCUAGGUAGACCACCGUGCACCUCUCUUGCUGUUGAGCAUUACAACAUUCAUAGGAGAUUGGCAAUGUGAUGAGCAAGAAGGCAUUGAGGCCUAAGUGUGAUGCCGAUGUAUUUUGGGCGUGUUGCCGACAUGUUUGGUCUAGCGUUUUGCGCCGUCUUGAAGAUUAUGCAUCUCGGCUUAUGUGUUUUUGUUGUUUUUGGCAUAUGUCGGCUUGAGAAGCCUUUUGGUCAAGAUGUAAUUUGUAUUUCAUUUCUUUAUUGUACCUAAAUUGUAAGACCUGCAAAGAUGUUAAUGUAUGUCAUUCCAUUGAACUUAUGCACGGCUCUCAGGGACUAUUCAGUUUUAUAUAUGUAUUUUGCUUCCGCAUUUGUGAGCCCCCUAUAUAAAUACUCUGAUUGUGUGUGAAAUUUUGUAAGUUGGCCUUCGGUAAUUACGGAUUACUGGCCAUCACGGCACCAAACUAUUAGGGACGGUUUGGGGGCGUAACAGAAUGGUAUCAGAGCACAAGAUCCUUAUAGUACGUUAUUCACACACUUUGAGUCCUAAAGAGCAUAGGAUGUCCCUUAGAAGAAUGUUAGGAUUGCAUCCUAUUACUUGCUACUUGACUACGUGUGCAUCAUUUUGGCAUAGACAUUUGUUACUUGCAUAUGUAUUACUUGUUCAGUUAUUUUAAAGUCUCAUCUUGCAUCCUUCUAGUAUCAUGAGGAGAGGUAGACCUCCGGUUGGCCGAGAUCGUUCAGAAGAUAGAUUGGAGAGAUUGGAAAGGUUAGUCGAAGGUUUGGUUCGUGAGCAGAGACAAUCUAGGCCACAGGACACUGGUACCACUUCCACACAGGCCGAACAGACGAAUGGCCGUUAUACAGCUCCACCCCCUCCAGUGCCACAAGUGCCCCUACAGCAGGCUUUGUAUGGGAACGACACGAUAACCUUAAUUAGAGAGUUCAAGAAAAUGAAACCGCCGAGAUUUCAAGGAGGCAUAGAACCAAUGAAAGCCGAGGCAUGGGUUUUAGAGAUGGAGAAGUUGUUUGAGAUCUUUCCCAGUACAGACGCCCAGAAGGUAUCUCUAGCGGCAUUCACAUUAGAUGACGAUGCUCGUAGGUGGUGGAUGAUGGUUCGGGAAAGCAAUCCGGGUUUGACUUGGGCAAAAUUUCUGGAGUUGUUCUACAACAAGCAUUUCCCUCUCAGCGUUCGUGAUCGAAAGACCACAGAGUUUCAGAAUCUGAUGCAAGGGAACAAGACCGUGGCGGAAUACGAUCGUGCCUUUACUGAACUGGCGAGAUAUGCGCCUCACAUGGUGGACGACGAAUACCGAAAAGCGAGGAAGUUCGAAAGCGGGUUGCGUGGACCGAUACAAGAUAGGGUCAACAUGCUCAAUAUGCCGACAUACGCCGGAGUGCUGGACAAGGCCAUCCUGGCUGAAGCCAAUUUAAACCGAUACCAGAGUUCAGGUGAGGGUCAGAAGAAGAGACAGAACUAUGAUAAUCGCCGAGUUCCGUUCAAUGCCAAGAAGAGAAUGAGUACAGAUGGUUCCAACAACUCAAAUCAGGAAGGUAAUGCUAAGCCGGUGUGCACGAGUUGUGGGAAGCUACAUUUCGGGGUUUGUCGUUGGGCAACAGGGGCUUGUUACGAGUGCGGCGAGAUAGGCCAUCGCGUGAAGGACUGCCCGAAAGCUAGGACUGACGGCGGAAAAAGGAAUGGAAGCACCUCGGGCCCUGCACAGAGUAAUAACGUCGGGAGAACACAGGCAAGGCAAGGCAGAGUCUUUGCAUUGGUGCCGGGUGACGCCCAGAAUGACGAGAAGUAUCAGGUACCCUCUCAAUUUGUUCCCAAGCUGCAUACGUAUUGAUUGAUUCGGGUUCUACGCAUUCCUUUGUGUCCACUAUAUUUGCCGAGAAGUUGAAUAGAGAAUUAGAACCCCUUGAUUAUGUAUUAUCUGUGUCUACCCCUUCUGGGAGAAAUAUGAUUGUUACAUCCAUUUAUAAGGCGUGUAUUGUUGUGGUUGGGAAUGUAGAGUUGUUAGUUGAUUUAAUGCCAUUAAGCAUGACUCACUUCGAUGUCAUAUUGGGAAUGGAUUGGUUAGUAGCGAAUCAUGCCUCCAUUAAUUGUGUUACUAAGAGCGUCACAUUAAAGACCCCAAGCCAAGCCGAGGUCAUUUUUCAGGGUAAAGGGGUAGUACCCCUCCCUUACUUAAUCUCAUCCAUGAAAGCCUACAAGUUGAUCCAAAAGGGAUGUCAGGGUUAUUUGUGCAGUAUACUAAGUGAUUUGAAUGGGAGUGUUGAGUUAGCCGACAUACCCGUUGUUGAGGAAUUCGCCGACGUCUUUCCGGAUGAACUACCUGGCCACCUGGUCGAUAGGGAAAUAGAGUUUACUGUGGAUGUCUUGCCAGGAACACAACCCAUCUCCAAAACACCCUACAGAAUGGCCCCAGCCGAACUUAGAGAACUAAAAUCGCAACUGCAAGAAUUGUUGGACAAAGGAUUCGUCAGGCCGAGCACUUCACCGUGGGGAGCGCCCGUUUUGUUUGUUAAGAAAAAGGACGGCACCCUUCGUCUUUGCAUCGACUACAGAGAACUCAAUAAGGUGACCAUCAAGAACAAGUAUCCCUUGCCUAGGAUCGAUGAUUUGCUUGAUCAAUUACGAGGAGCACGAGUCUUU